CUCCAUUCUAUAUAUCACAGCUGGACGACGUAAGAGCUUCUGCCGCCUUGUGAAUCAAGUCGUUGUAUAACCUUUUCCCAACACACCACAGUUUUCUCUCUUCCGGCACAUAUCCAAAAUUUCCGAACAUGCCAAUUUCACCAAUUAUCACCUUCAAAGCGGGCCAGUGCGAGGUUGAUGCCUCCUCCAAGCCUUACAAGGUGAAGCCGCAGCCUGAGCCGGGCUAUAUCUACCUAUACUCUGAAGAUGAUCUCGUGCAUUUCUGCUGGCGCAAGCGAAGCGAACCCCUCGACAACCCCGAACUUGACCUGAUCAUGGUCCCUGGCGAUGGCAGCUUCACUCCUCACGAAUACACAUCGUCUUCCGAGCCCACCUCCAAGACCAACGGCCGUAUCUUCGUCCUCAAGUUUACUUCUUCAUCCCAACGAUAUCUCUUCUGGCUUCAGUCGAAGCCUCAGGGCGAAGACGGAGAUCCUGCCUACUACAGCCCCCGUGAUCGCAAGAUUGGCGAAAUAGUCCAUCAACUACUACAGGGUGAGGAGGUGGAUGUCGCUGAGGAAUUGUCAGCUCUCCGUAACAACGAUAACCAACCCGACGACGAGGAUGAGACCAUGGAAGACGCCGAUACCCACCGUGCACCUCGAGGAAGCGGCAGCGGAGGUGCAGGACCUGACGCUACGGGUGGAGACGUUCGAGAGGAGGGCGAGGGCUCACGAGAGGGCGGAGCUGAUGGUGCUAGAGCGGCCUCUUCAUCUGCCCCUGAUGCCGAUGCUGCUGCCGCUGUGAAGAGCUUUUUGGACAGCCUUCGAGGCCCGUCAGGGCUCUCUGGUGGACAGCAGCAGCAAACCACCGACAAGGCAUACCCUCAUCUCAACCACCUACUUCCCACUUCCAUCACAAUACCUAUGGUUGACUCGGCUCCCGAAGAGUUCACAGACGCAUUGAUCAGCCUUCUCCCUCCUACUGUUAUUGUCCUUGCAAGUGGCGCAACAGAUUCUGUUGAUGGGAAAUUGGAGCCGUCAGCUUCGGCUGUGGAGGAUGCCAAAGCCUCAUUAUCCCUGGACGACAAGCGGACGCUGUUGAAGAAGGUUCUGAGAAGUCCCCAGUUCAACCAAGCCCUGGCAAGUCUCACAAUGGCCAUACGGGAUGGUGGUUUGCCAAGCAUUGCGGAUGCUCUUGGUGUAAAGGUCCAAGAUGGAGGAUACCUAAGAGGCAGCGGCAUGCCUUUGGGUGGUGGCCAAGCUAUUGAGGCAUUCGUGAAUGGCGUUAAGAAGACAGUCGAGGACGAGAAGAAAUGAAAUAGCGAUGCAUUCUCGCGAGGUAUAUUCUCGACUGUGGGCUUGCGUUCUCUAAUAACACGAAGAAAGAAGCAAUACUUGAGAUAUAUUGAUGAAGGUCAAUACCUGGUAGGCAACGUGCAGCAUCAAGUGGGUUUUAGAGAUUAGACCACUUGUCCCAAUCUCUGUUUGUGAUUUCAGAAGUAAAAUAGAUCCAUGAUUUUAAGAUGGGUUGAAAUAUAAAUUUAAUACUCAU